UUGGAUGUAUAAAUGCUACAAAGUACUAUGUAUGAUGAUUUUAGAUCUGUAAAAAUUAUAUUAGUUUGAAUCAAUUUUUUCCUGGUGAUUUGAAAUCUUUUUCUACUUAAUUUCUGGAAAUCUGGUGCUAAAUUUCCAUGGACUUAAGUUUGUUGAAACUGUUAUCUGUAAAGAUUUUUGCUUUUCCUUUCCCCUUUAGAUAGCUUUUAUGAUCAUAGAUGUCAUCACGUAUUUGCUUUUAUGUGAUGAGUUCUUUUUUCUUUACCUUUCAAUUGAGGUUCAUAUAGUUCCCGUGAUAAUUUUUGUUGUAUAGCAUUGAAUUAGUUGAAUAUAUAAAAAUCUUUAUUUUCAAUAGAAGAUAAUUAUGAUUAAAAGUUCUCUCCGUUUUACUAGAUUAGGUAAUACUAGUUGAGAUUUUCUUCAUUCCCUUUUAUAUAUUUUUACAGGUGGGGAUACUGUGGUGUUUAAGUUACUAUCCAUUGUUAAAUCUCGAGUUUCGUCUGAAGAAAACAGCAUAAAUUCAAUUUUUUGAAGAUUCGAAUCAAACCCAGUUUUGAGCACUUUGAUUUUUGCAAGUUUGGUGCAACUUUGGGGUGAUAAAAAAUGAUGAUGCUUGAAGAUAUGGCGUUUUGUGGUGAUUUUGAUUUCUUUUCCUCUGCUCCUAUCAAGGAAGUCGAUGUUUGUGGCUCUCAAACGACCGAGCCAGAGCCCGUAGUGGAGGAUGAUUACACGGAUGAUGAGAUUGAUGUGGAUGAACUUGAGAGGAGGAUGUGGAGGGAUAAGAUGCGACUUAAAAGACUGAAAGAAAUGAGUAAGGGUAAAGAAGGCGAUGAUGCUGCUAAACAACAGCAAUCUCAAGAGCAGGCAAGGAGAAAGAAGAUGUCAAGGGCGCAAGAUGGGAUCUUGAAAUACAUGUUGAAAAUGAUGGAAGUAUGCAAAGCCCAAGGUUUUGUUUAUGGAAUCAUUCUGGAGAAAGGUAAGCCAGUGAGUGGGGCAUCCGACAACCUGAGGGAAUGGUGGAAGGAUAAGGUGAGAUUUGAUCGAAAUGGACCAGCUGCCAUAGCGAAAUACCAAGCAGAUAAUUUAAUCCCGGGAAAGAAUGAGGGAGGUAAUCCAGUUGGUCCUACCCCCCACACCCUGCAGGAGCUCCAAGAUACUACCCUUGGUUCACUGUUGUCAGCUCUGAUGCAGCACUGUGAUCCUCCUCAGAGACGGUUUCCUUUAGAGAAAGGUGUUUCACCUCCUUGGUGGCCCACUGGGAAUGAGGAAUGGUGGCAUCAGUUAGGUCUGCCAAAGAAUCAAGGCUCUCCACCUUAUAAGAAGCCUCAUGAUCUCAAAAAGGCAUGGAAGGUGGGUGUUCUAACAGCAGUGAUCAAGCACAUGUCUCCUGAUAUUGCCAAGAUUCGCAAGCUUGUUAGGCAGUCAAAGUGCUUGCAGGACAAGAUGACAGCAAAGGAGAGUGCAACUUGGCUCGCUAUUGUCAACCAGGAGGAGACAUUAGCUCGAGAACUUUAUCCUGAUCUCUGUCCACCAUUGUCAUCGUCAGGUGGGAGCGGAACCUUUGCCGUCAAUGAUACCAGUGAAUAUGAUGUUGAAGGGGCCGAUGAUGAGUCCAACUUUGAUGUCCAAGAGCAAAAGCCGAACCCAAACCACCUCGGUUUGUUCAAUAUUGGGACAGAGAGACACAAUGAUAGACUUCCUGUUCAACAACAAUCUCAUACAAUUAAGGAUGAAUUCAUAACUGACUUGGACUUCACCCGGAAGAGGAAGCCUGGCAAUGAACUGAACGUCCUGAUGGAUCAUAAAAUAUAUGCGUGCGAGUUCCUUCAAUGUCCUCAUAGUGAAAUCUGCCUCGGUUUUCAGGACAGAAAUUCCCGGGACAAUCAUCAACUCUCUUGUCCUUAUAGACGUUCUUCGGAAUUUGGGGUUUCAAACUUCAGCAUUGAUGAUAUCAAGUCAUCUUUGAAACAAGGACGAGGAACUGAUUGGUGUGGGAACCAUUUUCCCUGUACCAUUCCUCGAUUAAUCGGGAAAUCUGUGCUCGUUCAAGGUAGGUCUCGUGGGGAUCAAGGAAUCCAUGCUCGGUUGCCAUCCCUCACCCAUGCUGGGUAUUUUAAGGAAACAAGCUGGCUAGGAUUCCCUAGUUGA